AUGUUUACCUCAACUGCUGCGUACUGCGGCUCUGCAGGGUCCCGGUUAUUUGUUGUGGCGCUGUUGCUCGCAUUUUGUGUUGUCACCGGUACAACUGUAUCAGAUGAAAGAGAAACAGUGAAUUCAUCAUGUGAAAAUCCCUCCCUUCAUGACACACAUCACUGGGGAUUUCUGGGCGGCGGGUAUCACAUGCAGUUGGAGGUCGAGUUCCCGCUUAUUUUCAAUUCCGUAGACAUUUCGCUUGACCUCCCGCGGACCUUCUUUUUUGAUGCGGCAGAGCUUGAGCAGUUGUACAGCAUCAAACUGCAGGGUAGUAAAGAAGACAUCACCUGGGCUUACCAACCACUCAGGAUUUCCUCUGAUUACUUCUUUGACAUCGAGGCGCCAGUGUUUCAUGUGGGGUAUGAAGUGAAUCGAGUGAACAUCACGUUUGAGCGCCUGCCGUCCGCUUCUCGAAGAUAUUCCAACGGAAGCGCUGCAGCUAUUGAUAUUUUUGCAUCGGCUGAUGAUGCAAGGGGAAGGCUGUUGGUACCAAUACAUGCGCGAUACGAGGAGGUGGACUCAACCACACCCUUCUCUCUUCAGGCAUUCUUUAGCCGCAAUACUUCUGUGCGGCGGUGCAUUCCUUCGAUUACUGUUCGCGGUGUUGUUGUGGACCGAGGCGGGCGCUGCGUAAAGUUCGUCUCGGCUUUAAUGAAGCGAUAUGAUGACGCAUUAACCUCAUCAUUAACAUCUCCUCCCGUAUCGGUUUUGGAUGGCAACAUCCCGGAGACAUCGCCGGGGUGCAGAAAUGUACCCGUUGGCCUUUUGUCAUCGCUGAGAGUUGUGUACACAACCGUGGUGGCGCUGCAGUGCAUUGGAGCCGCUAUUGUUAUUUUGUCGCUGUUAUUGUUGUAA